AUGGUGAAAAAUACAGGGCUUGAACUUUUUGCUGAAAUGGAAAAGAAGGGACCUAAACCAAAUGCUGUGACAUUUGUUGGAGUUCUCACUGCAUGUAAUCACAAAACUCUGGUAAAUGAAGCAUGGCGAGUAUUGGGACGUAUGAGUAAAGUUUAUAGCAUUGCUCCAGAGAUUGAGCACUAUGGGUGCAUGGUUGAUCUCUUGGCCCGUGCUGGGCGAGUGAAUGAGGCAGAGAUAUUGAUAAGAAGUAUGGCAAUGGAACCAGACGGAGCUAUAUGGGGGUCUUUACUUAACGGGUGUCUGAUACAUGGCCAUUUUGAGUUAGCCGGUAAGGUUGGGAAGCUUCUCAUUCAAUUAGAGCCUCAACAUAGUGGAAGGUAUGUUCUUUUAGCAAACAUGUACGCCAAAAUGGAAAACUGGGAAGAUGUGUUGAGGCUAAGGAAAAUGAUGAAGGAUAGAGAGGUAGUUUCAAUUUCUGCUUGGAGUUUCAUUGAGAUUGAUGGUGUUGUGCAUAAAUUCUUAGCCAAUGAUAAGUCUCAUUCUCAUUCAAGAAGUAUAUACCAAACAUUAAGUCAAGUAAGCAAGGAACUCGAAAGUUUUUCCAAUGCCAAUGAUUCUUUGCUAUUGUAAACCAAGUGGAAUCGGAAAGGUCAAUCCAAAGCAAGCAUGUCAUCGCGGACUGCUUGUUAUUCAAUCACUAUGUCCGUGGAUUCUUCUGCUGAUGGAAGUUAGUGAUUGCAAAGGAACCAGACAAGUGGACAUCCUGUACUAUUGUGUGUCCUUGAGUCAUAAGCUUCUCCAAGGGACUGAGAAUUAUAUAAAGCUUCAUCAGAUUGUGGAUGAAACUGUCAAGAAGCUUCAAGCUGAAGUAUCUGGCUUACCUGUUAAUAUGCGCAGGGUUAUAUUUUGGCACUGUAAGGCUCAAAAUAUGAAUUAUCCUGCACACCAACUUGCAUAGUCCUACCAGUGAAGAUAAAAGUUUGUUGUCAAAAUAUGCACCAAUUUUAUAUGAUUUUCCAAUUUUCCAGUAUCCAUGAAAAGCCAAUUGUAUAUAGGUGAGUCAUAUGUUCUCAUAUUUAAUUCAAACGGUUUCUCUGAUGUCUGCAAAAAUGGCUAGCAGAAGUUGCUGCCUAGUGGCACCAUGAAUUGGUGGGCCCAGUUUCUUAAAACAAUGCCAAGUGGGCAUUACUGGUAGUGAUUGAGGAAGGCAAAAGCAGGAGUUGAUGUCUUGAUGAGAUCAAUGAUCAAAUACCUUUCAGGAAAUUGCGCCCACUGUCUUCUAAUACCACUCUUAACAGACUGUGCAUCACCCUUACAAACACACAGACUGAAGAUGUCUGCUGCUAUCUUCAAUUCUCCGGUUGCUGCAUCUGGUUAUGUUGGCUUAGCAACCAACCCUUCAAAAAUUUUCCCAGCUAAAGACUCUAUCGGAUGGACCAAGAAAACCGUCUCCAAUGGUUCAAGAACUUGCUGCACGAAGACGUGGAACCCGAUCAACAACAAGAAGUUUGAGACUCUGUCUUACCUCCCACCACUCUCUGAUGAUUCAAUUGCAAAGGAGAUUGACUACAUGCUCAAGAAGGGAUGGAUCCCUUGCCUUGAAUUUGAUGAGGUGGGUUAUGUUCAUAGGGAGAAUAGCAGGAUGCCAGGGUACUAUGAUGGAAGAUACUGGACAUUGUGGAAGCUACCCAUGUUUGGUUGUACCGACCCUUCUCUGGUGCUCAAUGAAAUCCAAGAGUGCAAAAAAACGUACCCAAGUGCUUAUAUACGCUGUUUAGCAUUUGACAACCAGAACCAGGGUCAGUGCAUGGCCUUUAUCAUUCAGAAGCCAACUGUCGCGGCCACCACCAGUGCUUGAAGGCAAGACACAGUCUUCUUUCCAAGAACUCAGUUUUCCUUCCAUUUUCACAUUCUCGCAGUUUUCUUCUUUUUCCUGUGGUAUGUUAUGUAUGCAAAAGAAUGGUUUAUAGUUGUAGUCUCCUGUUUUGGGAAGUAUAAUAAGAAGCUUGGUAAUAAUAAACGCCUUUGUUUCUGUAGUGA